AUGGCGCCGCUACUCCCAUCAGCCCUCUGGGCCCUUCUCCUGGCGACAGCUACACAAGCGAGGCCAGCCGACAAAUGGACAGUCCACGAGACUGCAAUGGUACCGUCCGGGUGGAAGUACCUUGGACAACCCGAGGUCGACACGACUGUGACGAGGAUUUCCAUCAGCCUGCGCCAACCAGGCCUAGACGAGCUGCGACGUCGUCUCGACCAGAUUAGCGAUGUCGACAAUGCCGACUAUGGCGCACAUCUGUCUCGCAGCCAGCUGGAUGCCUACCAGGAGCCGGCGGCUGGAGCUGUGCACGAUGUCAUGGAGUGGUUGAGCGGACACGGCAUCGAGGACCGUCUGGCCCAGAAGUCAUGGGUUUCCUUCAAUGCCUCUGUCGGAUUGGUGAACUCUUUGCUGAGGUGCAACCUUUCCCAAUAUGAAACGCCCCGGUCACACCGAGUCCUUCGGGCUACCGAGUACAGCCUGCCCAGUGAUUUGGAGCAGCAUAUCCAGUUCGUUUACCCGCUCACCCAGUUUCUGGAGAGCUCGGCCAAGAAGAACUUCAAUGAGAGAUGUGGUGUGGACACGGCGAAGGCCAGCCGCCGUCAGACAACAUGGCCUGCAUCUUGCUCGGAAAAUGUCACCCCGGACUGCCUGGUCGACCUCUACAACAUCACCUACACGCCGCCAGACUCAUCCUCCGGCAGCACCCUCGGCGUGGCUGGCUUCCUUGAAGAGUACCCUAACCAGUCUGCGGCCCGGGACUUCUUGAUCGCUCACAGCCCACGGAGAAGCGAUGUUUCUUACAGCCCGGACUACAACUUCACUGUUGUCUCCAUCAACGGCGGAGACACCAACAAUUCGGGCUCCGGCGGAGAGGCGCUCCUGGACACCUUUUACACAAUGCCUUUCACGCAGCCGCUGCCGGUAUCAUACCUCUCUACCGGAGGUCGAGGUAUGUACAUUGGCCCCAACGGCACGGACCUGUCCAACACCUCGGCAAACGGAAACGAGCCCUGGCUCGAAUUCCUCCAGUACCUCCUGGAGGUUGAAGACGAGAACCUGCCCAAGGUCCUGUCCGUGUCCUACACAGACGACGAGCAGACCACCCCCAGGCCCUACGCCCUCCACGUGUGCGACCUGUUCAUGCAGCUCGCAGCACGUGGCGUCUCCGUUAUCGUGGCAUCGGGAGACGGCGGCGCGGCCGGCAUAGCAAGCUCCACGAACUGCGCGGUGAACUCAGGCAACCCGGACGAGCCCCCGCAGUUCCUGCCUACCUUCCCUGCCUCCUGCCCAUACGUCACCUCCAUCGGGGCCACGGGCCGGUUCAUCCCCUGGCAGCCGGCCUCCUUCUCCUCGGGCGGCUUCUCGAACUACUUCCCGGCGCCGAGCUGGCAGGCCAAGGACACCGCGGCUUAUAUCAAGGGCCUGAACGGGACACACGACGGGUGGUACAACGCCUCCGGACGCGGCAUCCCCGACCUUACCCUCGUCGGCUCCAGGUUUCUCCUCGGCGGCGAGGGCGAAUUCGCCUUCACGACCAAGGGGACCAGCGCCAGCACGCCCGUGUGGGCCAGCAUCAUCACCCUGAUCAACGACAAGAGGCUGAGGGCCGGCAAGCCCGUGCUCGGGUUCCUCAACCCGGCCCUGUACUCGGACAAGGUGAGGGCCGCACUGACCGAUGUGACGGCUGGGUCGAUCGGGGGGUGCUCGUUGAACGGCGGUCAGGACUUCGUCACGGGGUGGGAUGCGGCGGCGGGCUGGGAUCCGAGCUCGGGGCUCGGGGUUCCUGACUUCGGCGCGCUGGUGGAAGUCCUUGGUUGA